AUGAAGGGGAAACCUUAUGAAUGUGGAGACUGUGGGAAAGCCUUCAAGCGAAAGGCAAGCCUCACUGUUUACAAGAAAAUCCACAUUAGACAAAUACACCACGUGUGCAGUGAGUGUGGGAAGUCAUUUGCUUAUGCAUCCCAACUGAAGACUCACCAUAGCAUCCACACAGGGGAGAAGCCUUACACGUGCCGGGACUGUGGCAAAGCCUUCACCUACUCGUUCACACUGGAUGUGCAUCGGCGAACUCACAAGGUGUCAGCACAGGAAUCAUAUCAGCAGAUUCACACAGGGCUGAAACCCAAUGUGUGCGCUGAGUGUGGGAAGAGAAUCUACAAUAAAUCACCUUUGUCUAGACAUCAGAUAGCUCACACUAGGGAGAGGAAACCUUUUGUCUGUCAGAAAUGUGGCAAGGCCUUCUUUCAGAGGUCACAGCUGACAUCUCAUCAGCAGACUCACACAGGAGAGAAGCCCUAUAAAUGCCGCUACUGUGGGAAAGCGUUCAGUCACACAUCCCAACUGACAGUCCAUCAUCGAAUUCACACCGGGGAGAGACCUUACAAGUGCAACCACUGUGGGAAGUCCUUCAGUAAUUCCCCCCAGCUGAAGGAGCAUCUCCGAAUCCACACUGGGGAGACACCUUACGCCUGCGCUGAGUGCGGGAAGGCUUUCAGCCAGAGAUCAUCCCUCAAUCUGCACACCAAAAUUCGCACUGGAGAAAAACACCAUGUAUGUAGCGAGUGUGGGAAAGCCUUCAGCCAGAAGCCAGUACUUCAGACACAUCGGAGGAUCCACACUGGGGAAAAGCCUUGCAAAUGCAGCGAGUGUGGGAAAGCCUUGGCUUCAAAGGGCCAACUCCAAGAUCAUCAGCGAAUCCACACGGGCAAGAAGCCCUACGUGUGCCCGGAGUGUGGGAAGGGCUUCUACAGCCAGCCGUCAUUGUCUAGACAUCACAUAACUCACACUAGGUCAGCACAGGAAUCAUAUCAGCAGAUUCACACAGGGCUGAAACCCAAUGUGUGCGCUGAGUGUGGGAAGGGAAUCUACAAUAAAUCACCUUUGUCUAGACAUCAGAUGGCUCACACUAGGGAGAGGAAACCUUUUGUCUGUCAGAAAUGUGGCAAGGCCUUCUUUCAGAGGUCACAGCUGACAUCUCAUCAGCAGACUCACACAGGAGAGAAGCCCUAUAAAUGCCGCUACUGUGGGAAAGCGUUCAGUCACACAUCCCAACUGACGGUCCAUCAUCGAAUUCACACCGGGGAGAGACCUUACAAGUGCAACCACUGUGGGAAGUCCUUCAGUAACUCCUCCCAGCUGAAGGAGCAUCUCCGAAUCCACACUGGGGAGACACCUUACACCUGCGCUGAGUGCGGGAAGGCUUUCAGCCGGAGAUCAUCCCUCAAUCUGCACACCAAAAUUCACACUGGAGAAAAACACCAUGUAUGUAGCGAGUGUGGGAAAGCCUUCAGCCAGAAGUCAGUACUUCAGACACAUUGGAGGAUCCACACUGGGGAAAAGCCUUACAAAUGCAGCGAGUGUGGGAAAGCCUUGGCUUCAAAGGGCCAACUCCAAGAUCAUCAGCGAAUUCACAUGGGCGAGAAACCCUACGUGUGCACUGAGUGUGGAGCGUGCUUCUACAGCCAGCCAUCAUUGUCUAGACAUCACAUAACUCACACUAGGGUCGGUGUGUUAUUGUUGCCCGGACAGCACCGAGCUUCUAACACGAGCGCCCAUGGGUGGAAGCGCAGGGUCCGGAGUGCUGUGUGCGGAGCUCUCUGCCGGUGCAGUGCGAGGUUGCUGGAGAUUCGAUCUCAGGCCCUAGUGCUGGUGCAGUAA